AAAGAACCUAGUACAGUUAUUCGUAUUGCUAGGUUUUUUUUUGUCCCUGUCGAGUGGUUAUUCUGUUUUAAGAACGAUAGUGAAGCUAUCUGUGUUUUAUCUCUGUUGUAUAUUUUUGUUUUUUAAAGGAAAGACAAUGAUUUUAAUUCGAUAAAAUAAAACUUUUGAAAUAGUUAUAAUGUAAUUAUUGAGUUCUACAAAAUAUGAUUAUCUAGGCAAGUGUUUAAAACAAGUGUGGAUAUUAAAUCGUCUCAUACCAUACUUAUAUAUAGAGUAAUAUGCAAUGGACCAAAUAAAAAUUUCAAAGGUAGAAAAUGUCCGUUUAUUGGAGAAGUAUAGUAAUAAUCAUUCUGUAGGUACAUUGUAUUUAACUUUAACGGAUCUUAUAUUUGUCGAACGAAAUGGCAAGAAAAAAAUAUGGGUCUUGUAUACUCAUAUAUCAAACAUAGAGAAACAACCUUUAACUACUGCAGGAUCACCACUACAUAUUAAGUGUAAACAUUUUUAUAUUGUUACUUUUGUUAUACCUAAGGAACGCGACUGCCAUGACAUUUAUCUUACAUUGUUAAAGCUCUCUUGUCCAGCAAAUUUAGAAGAUCUUUAUUGCUUCAGUUAUCAAUCGAGUAAAUUACUUCAACACGUUGGGUGGAAUUUUUUUAAUGUACAAAGUGAAUAUCAAAGACAAGGAGUACCAAACGAAGAAUGGUCUCUUUCCUAUUUGAAUACUAAUUACGAGCUUUGUGAUACAUACCCAAAAUAUAUAUAUGUUCCAAGUACUUGCGCGGACAAUAUUUUGUUGGGUAGUGCAAAAUUUCGAAGUAGGGGAAGACUUCCGGUGUUAACAUAUUUGCACUCGAAUAAGGCUGUUAUCUGUCGUUGCAGUCAACCGCUUUCAGGAUUUAGCGCACGAUGUCCAGAAGACGAAUCAAUAAUGUAUUAUAUACUUUGUACAAAUCCUAAUUCUAAAUAUAUGUAUGUCGUAGACACAAGGCCACGCAUUAAUGCUUUUGCGAAUCGAGCAGCGGGUAAAGGAUAUGAAAAUGAAAAUUUCUAUGACAAUAUAAAGUUCCAUUUUUUUGGAAUUGAAAAUAUACACGUCAUGAGAACAAGCUUGAACAAACUUAUAGAAUUACAAAGGACAACAUCGAUGAGUGCUUUUUUAAAUGGUCUAGAAAGCAGCGGAUGGUUAAAGCAUAUUCGUUCUAUAUUGGAAACUGCUUGGUUUAUUGCACGAGCAGUUCAUAACGGCGUAAGCGUAGUAGUACAUUGUAGCGAUGGUUGGGAUCGUACUGCACAAGUAUGUUCCCUGGCUGGUUUACUCUUAGAUCCAUAUUAUAGAACUAUCCAAGGAUUUCAGGCACUAAUAGAAAAAGAUUGGUUGUCGUUUGGUCACAAGUUCAAUGACCGUUGUGGCUAUGUUAGUAGUGAUGGCAAAGAAUUGGCACCAAUAUUUACUCAAUUUAUAGAUGCAACCUAUCAAUUAUUACAACAAUAUCCACAUAAAUUUCAAUUCAAUGAAUUAUUUCUUUUAACGCUUCACGACCAUGUACAUAGCUGUCAGUAUGGAACAUUUAUUGGAAACUCGGAAAAGGAGAGGCAGACCUUUAGAUUAGCCGAAAGAACGUAUUCUUUAUGGGGAUAUAUUGCUAACAAUACCAACGAGUAUAUCAAUCCAUUUUAUGAAUGUAUAGCUUGGAACGAUGAUUCUAAUGAUGUUCUCCAGCCAAAAUUAGCACCGCAAAGUAUUAUCAUUUGGAGAGGAUUAUAUUUUAGAUUUGAGAAUGGUAUUCACCCUAGAGAAACGUACGAGGAUAUGUUAUUGACAAUUCAUGAUCACACUAGUUCUUUAGAAGAUCACGUUAAAUUUCUUAUCAAGAGAUUCAAUUCUUUGAGUGAAUUAUUAAUUUUAAAUGACUCACGAAAAAAAGAUAUUCAAAGUAAAAAUAAGAUUGAUAAUAAAUAUGUUAAAGAAUCGUUAUCCGAAACUAUAGAGGAAAAUGUGAAUCACGAUGAAAAAAUGAAAACUAAAGAAAAAGUCAGCCAAAUAGAGAACGAGUUGAAAACCGUUGCUAUAGAAUGGAAAUCGUCUCGUAAUAUGGAGGAAUGUACUUGUUCAACUAAUUUUGAUGCGUUUAAUAGCAAGCAUCAUUGUUGGUCUUGCGGGGAAGUACUAUGUAUGCGAUGUGUGGACACGCACGGUGUUUUACCUGGACAUUUAUCGCAACGUGCUGUACCUAUUUGUACAACAUGUUCCCAACAUUCUGCUAGUUCUUCAAUCACCCCUUGAUCCUACUAUAUAUGAUAGAAUAUUAUUUAGAUCGAUCGACAUUAUUCAAAUGAAGAAAAAUACAAAGGAGUUUCGAAGGAAACACCACCACUUUAUUUUGCGCAGAGAUACUAAGAAGUAUCAAAGUAUAAAGCUGCCCUUCAAAUCGUACGUAUCAUUAAUUAUACAAAUAUUUUAUCUAAUUGAUUUAUUCGUUCCAAUUUCUAUUGAUAUCAUUAAAAUGAUGAUCUAUCUAUCUCUCAGUCCAAAUCAAUAUUACUUUUUUUUUUUUUU